AUGGGUGAGAAAUCAAUCUGGGUUUAUGUUGAUGGCAAGGAACGGUGGGUUAGGGAUUUUCUGAAAGAAAAGACUUGGGAAUCUAGAAUCUACUUCCUUCCCGGAGGGGAUGAUAAACACGCGAGACGUAGUAGAAUGUUACAUGACAUCAAUUUAUGGGCAAUGGACUUUCCUGUGAUCUAUCCUCGUCCAUCGUUUUUGGUCCUAGUGUCGGAUCAAGUCAGAGAUGACUUGUAUUUCUUCAGUAGGCUUGAAAUUUUGAGUAUGAUAGGUUACCAUGUUUUCUUAGCAGCUCCGCCUAACAACUACCGAUCAGAAGAUGACGUUGAAUGGCCAGCAGCGCUAUUAGAUGUGGUCUACUCCUUCGAGGAGAAAAAGGAAGUUUGGUAA